UGCCCCUCGGUCUCUCUCUCUCUCUCUUCUUUGCUGAAUGACUGAGGCGUGAGACCAAACUUGUGCUAUAAAUUCGCACUCCUUUUCAGACUUUGUAUUCGUGCUAGGUGCGCACAAGCGGGAAGCGAGGAGAAGUGAGAUUGUGUUUUGGGGGGGAAAACCGAAAGAACUGCGAGGCUGCGUUGUAGUUAUGUCGUCUUCUAGGGUUUUUAGAGGUUCUCAGGCUCUAAUGGCAGCUGCGAAGGCGGCGAAAGCAUCUGCCACAACCUCCUCCGGCGUCGCUGCCACUAAGCCUCAAGCACCGAACCGUACCAGUGGUAUCUUCAAGGUCACUCCCGUGUCCCCUGCCAUGCGCCAGUUCCUCGGCGUAUCUGAGGCCUCUCGUACCGAUGCCGUCAAGAAAAUCUGGGACUACAUCAAACUCAACAGCCUGCAGAACCCAGCAAAUAAAAGGGAGAUCCGAUGUGAUGAAAAGCUUAAGACAAUAUUUGAUGGGAAGGAGACAGUUGGAUUCCUGGAUAUAGGGAAAUUGCUGUCGCCCCAUUUUGUAAAGACUAACUGAGAUCGGAAUUGGCUUUCAACGUUGCCGCAUUUUUGUGAUCAUAGACCUCUUGGUUGCUUUUCAGGUGUAUUUGGCAAGUCUUUAUGACUUGAAAAUGGACUUUGUUUGGAAUUGUAGUUGACAGACCCAGAAAGGGCCUUCUGUACAAAACAGGUAGGAUUAACGUUUUCUUUUGGUUUUUUCUAUGUGAUAUGUUUGGUGUUAGUGUUGA